AUGGCUCCAAUGCCAGUUUCUGAUAUCAAAGUAGGCCACAUUGACGAUGUUCAAGAAUUGAGAAAGAGUAAAUCAUCACAUGUUCCUGAGAGAUUCAUCCGAGACACGACAGAACGGCCUAAAUUUGACAAAGAUAUCGUGUCUUCGACCAACAGUAUUCCGGUGAUAAACCAUGGAAUUGAUGUGGAUUUGCUGAAUAGUAUAGAGAAAGUGGCUAUGGAGUUUUUCAUGAUGCCUUUAGAGGAGAAACAGAAGUAUCCUAUGAUUCCUGGGACUGUACAAGGAUAUGGUCAGGCUUUUGUUUUAUCAGAAGACCAGAAGUUGGAUUGGUGCAACAUGUUUGCUCUUGGGUUGGAGCCUCACUAUAUUAGGAACCCAAAAUUAUGGCCAACUAAGCCAUCAAAUUUCAGUGUGGCUUUGCAAGCAGUGAGAAUGAACUACUACCCAGCAUGCCCUAGACCAGAUCUCGUUUUGGGCUUAAGCCCCCAUUCUGAUGGAAGUGCCCUUACAGUUUUACAACAAGGAAAAGGAAAUUCAGUUGGCCUUCAAAUCCUAAAAGACAGUUCUUGGAUCCCAGUUCAGCCAAUUCCUGAUGCUCUAGUUAUCAAUAUUGGUGACACCAUUGAGGUUCUAACAAAUGGCAGAUACAAGAGUGUGGAGCAUAGAGCAGUGACUCACCAAGAAAAAGACAGACUCACAAUUGUCACAUUUUAUGCUCCAAGUUAUGAAAUAGAACUUGGACCAAUUCAAGAACUUGUGAAUAAAAACAACCCGUGCAAGUAUAGAAGAUACAACCAUGGAGAGUAUAGCAAGCACUAUGUCACUAACAAGCUUCAAGGCAAAAAGACCCUCGAGUUCGCGAAAAUCAAACCUGACUCAGGAUCAGAAUAUUAG